UCGUUGUACACUCCAGUGACGUAGCAAGCAGCAGUUUCAAAGAUGGCUGCCACCAGCAAUGGACGGGGAGCUCAGGACCCUCCAAUUUUACCUCAAAAUAAUGCCACAGAUAGAUUCAAAUUGCUUUAUCCUAUGGUAAAUGAAGAGGAAACCCCACUGCCUCGAUCCUGGAGCUCAAAGGACAAGUACAACUACAUUGGGCUUUCUCAAAAUAAUUUGCGUGUCCAUUACAAAGGACAUGGUAAGACUCACAAAGAUGCUGCCAGUGUGAGGGCCACACACUCUAUUCCUCCUGCAUGUGGUUUGUAUUAUUUUGAAGUCAGAAUUAUCAGUAAAGGCCGUGAUGGAUAUAUGGGCAUCGGUCUCUCAGGCCAGGGUGUUAACAUGAACAGACUGCCAGGCUGGGACAAACACUCUUACGGAUAUCAUGGAGACGAUGGACAUUCAUUUUGUUCAUCUGGUUCGGGGCAGCCAUAUGGCCCUACUUUUACUACUGGAGAUGUGAUAGGCUGUGGAGUCAAUCUAAUUGAUAAUACUUGCUUCUAUACUAAAAAUGGACACAACUUGGGCAUAGCUUUCACAGAUUUACCUCCAAACUUGUACCCUACUGUAGGUCUCCAGACUCCUGGUGAAGUGGUUGAUGCAAAUUUUGGUCAGUUGCCCUUUGUUUUUGACAUUGAGGAUAUGAUGAAAGAAUUACGAGCAAGGACUCGCUUGUCAAUACUUAACUAUCCUGUUCCUGAAAAUCCUGGUGACUGGCAAGCAGUUUUACAUAAAAUGGUAUCAACUUACUUAGUUCAUCAUGGAUAUUGUGCCACAGCCGAAACAUUUGCUCAGAGUACAGCACAAACAUUUGAAGAAGAAAUAACAUCCAUAAAAAACAGACAAAAAAUUCUAAAACUUGUGCUGGCUGGUAGGAUGGGAGAGGCAAUUGAAAUGACAAGCAGGUUGUAUCCUUGCCUUUUAGAACACAAUCAGAAUUUGCUCUUCUUAUUGAAAUGUAGACAGUUUGUUGAAAUGGUGAAUGGCUGUGAUUCAGAGGUAAAUCCUCCUCGCUGCCCACGUGUCAAUCAUCUGUCGACCCCACCGCGACCCUCAAGUCCUCCUCCAGGUAGUCCUGCUCAGACGUCCAGUAAAAACCAUACCAAAGGUCAAGCUCAGCGUCGUACAUCCCACUCUUCGCAUGGAGUUGAAGAUAUGAACAUGGCAAACAGUGGAGUUGCAAUGAAUGGUGGAAGUGAUGUUACACCACUAAUCAAACCAGAUUCCCAUGGUCUACGGGAUGAUAAUGAUGAUGUAGAAAUGGAAGUAACUGAUGAAAGAAAUGGUCAUAACACCACCAAUGGGGUUAACAAACCUUCAUCACCAGCCACCUCUAAUGGUUACCAGAAUGGAGAUUCUCAUCAAGAUGAAUCUAAUAACACAGACUGUGUUGAGGAAAUGGAAGUGGACCCACCAAUUGGCAGACGGCAGUUGUGUGGGGGAAGCAAACCUGCUAUUGAACGAAUGCUUGAAUUUGGCAGGGAACUUUAUAACAUGAGUCUCCAUUUGCGUCAAGAGCAAGGCAACAAUGAAGCAAACAAAAAAAUGCUCCAGGAUGCAUUCAGUUUGCUGGCUUACUCAAAUCCUUGGAGUAGUCCUGUUGGUUGGCAGCUAGAUCCAAUGCAAAGGGAAACUGUAUGUGCCGCUCUAAAUUCUGCAAUUUUAGAAGCGAGCAAUCUACCGAGAAGGCCUCCCCUAGAAAUUGCUGUGGCUCAUACCCGAGAAGUGGUACGCCUCAUGUCACGUUCCGGUCUUGGGUCCUGUGCCUUUGCUAGUGUUGAUGACCUCCUUCAACAUUAGCGUCAAGCCACUCUAUGUACUAUAUGCUGCUUGUGACUGUUGGCUGUUAUGGAUUGGCAUAAGAUGGGUCUUUAUUAUCUUGUUUCUUUAAUCAUAUCAGCAUGUCAAAAGUAUUGGUCUACACCAUCUUUUAGUUCACGUUUUUACCCAAUCAAAAGAAAGAAAUUUUAUGUGUUAUUUGGAAAUUUAUUUUGAUGUGGAAAAGCACUAGAGCAUAGUAAGUUCAAAAUCUAUAGAAUUCCUUUGUAUAAUUAAAAUGGUGUUAUCUCGCUGUUUCAUUGGUCAUGUGGGGCCUAAUAUGUUGGCCAAUCCAAAAUAACCGGUUGCAGUCGCAUUAGUCAGAUUGUGGCUGUGAUUAUCUCACAACCUUUUCCCUCUCUAACAACACCAUCACGCCCAAAGAUCUCACGCUGUAGGUAGUACUAUGACAGGGUUAUGCCAAUAUUGCCAAAUGUAAACCAAGACAAUUGAUGGAAGCACAUAGCAUAAUGUAUCUUGAAGUGUUAUGAAUAUGAAAGCCCCUUUUAUUUCACCAAUUUUUUGUUUAAUAACAAGUGGUAAAGCAAGCUAAGAGCUUUUGCUUUAGCCUUUCUAUUUUUCUUUCGCUUGGUUUACUUUUGGAAUUCUGGAAUGCUCCUGAAUUUAAUGACUUCAUCUCAGAACAUGAGUGAUGUCUGCCAAGAUUGAAGGGGGCUUGUCGAAUGAAUUUUUCUUAUUCUGUGGUGUUAAAGUUGUACAUAAAUUUCGUUCUAAUAUUUGAUUAAUUUUAUUACAAUUGGAUAUGAUUUUUAUGUGACUUAGCUGGUUGUACGUAAUGGAAAGAUUGUGUGCAUAGUCUUCAGUGAUGUUAGUGCUCUUUUUUCUUCUUUUUGUUUGUUUGUUGACAUGCAGCUGAACACUAAUUAUUGGGAUCUGUUUCCAAUACCAAGGGAACACCCUUACUGUGGGAUUGCUCCCAUACUCCAUCAAUGUUGAUGUUUUAUAUUCACAUCUUAAUUUCUUCUAAACAGAUAUGUCUUGCAAAGAUACCCUAGGUUGGUGAACAUAUACAAGCUGUGUAAUCUUUUUUUUUCUUUUUUCAUCUAUCUUCCUUUACUGGUUAUUAGAAGUUCCAUCAAUCUAUCUCAAUCAUUCCCUGCUGUUUCGUACUUUGGCCUUGUAGGUUACUUUCAAUGAAAGCUUAUUUCUCAUUUGGGUCUUGACAUCUGAUUGUUUACAUGUCUUCCUCAUGGUCCAUCCUUUGCUGUUCUUGGACGUCCUGUCCAAUGUGACAUUUGCUUAAUGUCUCAAUAUUAUACCUACUUUGUGCUCAAGGGUAUUGAAAAGUGAUGACAAACAAUGUAGCGUAAGAUUUAUUGCAUAAAACCUCUCUGUGCUCUAAUAAAUUUUCUUAAAUUUAGUUUUAUGUGAAGGGGUUAAACUAAUAUCUUUUGACACAUCAAAAUUUCUUACCUAGGAGCAAAAAUAAUUUAAAAUACUUUCUAUAGGAAGUAUUCUUAGAAAUUCCAAAAUGCAAUCCUAGUUAUUUCUGGCCUUGUUUUUGCAGACUAAAUUCACUAUUCUAUUCAAUAUGAGCACUGUCAUCGUAAAGUUAAAAUGGCAAUUGAUUCGUGCCUAUUUCUUAUUCCUAACAUUCAAAAUUGUAUGUAGAAACUUGCAAGAACUGUUAUAACUGCCGAAAAUCGUUUCAAGUCAAGACUCAAGCGGUUGUACUGUACUUCAUAAGUAAACUAUUUUGAUUCUUUAUCUUGAUGAUCUUGUGAUAUAUUUUGACUGAUCAUCAAGUAUGUGAUUUGCUAAGGCUUUAUAAAGAGUAGUUUUUCGCAUUUGCUAAAGAUGUCAUUCAAUAGAGAUUUUUUGACCCAAAUUAUUAGCUAAAGUGUUAAAAAAAUUUCAGUGCUUCAAGUUUUGUGAUUUUCCAUUACAUCUAUUGAACAGUUACACUGCCAUCAAUGUACCUCAUGGCCCUUGUAAAUGUAGAGUUGGAAAUUUAUGCAUAGUAGGAGUUAAAUUGUUAUAAAAUCUUUCCAGAACAUUAUUAAAUUUUAAAUUGGACCAAUAUUGUUCCCGUUUGAAAUAUUAAAAAUUAUGACCUGACGCCAGUAUCAUUAAGUCUCAAUACACAUGUCAAAGGCUGCUCACUGACAAGAAAGAACAGUUAAUGCAAUUAUCUAUUGAAUUCGUUGAAAUUUCUUCAGUUUGACAUUCUCCACCCCUCAGUUUGAGAAAUGUGUACAGAUAAUGAAUGUAGUCCUCUGAUCGCAGUCAGGUUAUAUUUAUGUUAUCAAGAUCAUUUAAAGACUGUGAUAAUAGUAACUCAAGUAAAAGAGCCACAGUUAUUUCCUAGAAGCUACUAUAUUUGGGUUUUUUAAAUCCACUUAAAACUUUGAGACUUCAGAUUUUUAAUCAACUGUCUUAGAGGCUGUACACCAAAUGUAGCUCUUGCUGUUUCAUUGCAAAGAUUUCAUUUGUUUGAAACGUGUUUAAAAGUGUAUUGAGACACAAAAUGAACAUGUCAUCAUUAUUGUUCAGUUCUUAUGUUGUGAGUUUUCAAUACAUUAGGAAAAUUAAAAACUACCGGCGUUCAUGAUUUUUAUUAUUUUAUCAUCUGGCUGUUUAGUUGCUUUUACCCCUUCUGUUUGCUGCUACUGUAAAGAAAAGUUCUAUUUUUAAUUAAGAAAGGGAUCAGUUUUGUGUAGUCCUGAAAAUAAAUCAUUUCUUUUUGUAUAAUUUACAAAGAGUGUUUCUGAUGCUAAGGGUUUUGCGUUACUGUAAAAUUUUGGAUUUUUCUUAUGUGAUAAAUGUUAUCAUUUCUUUUAAAAAAAGUAGUUUGUUUCUUUUGAAGUAGCUAAUGCUACUGUAAUGUGGUUUCACAAUAUGUUUUAUUUCAGGGAAGUCAAUCUACUACCUAGGGAGGGUGUCAGAAUUCGUUUAUGGCUUUGAAUGUUGUAAAGCAUCUGAACAAGCUGUUUCCCUUUUACUUCCUUACACAAGUCCUCUGUGAAAGGCCAUAACUAGGUAAUUACAGGGUAGUCAGCCUUUGCCAAUAUUCUUAAUAGUUUCCAAAUGUGACAGGAUGCUGCAAAUCUUUUCUCUAUGUAACCCACGCCAUCAUGGAAUAUCAAAACCUCUUUGUUAAGUUGUAUGCAUUGAUCUAGUAGGAGGUAUAAUCCUUUAGUGUCCUCAUAGUAGUUCACAAUGGUAUCUCUAGUCUCCAGCAGAAUAUUGUAUAUUGCAAUUCAAAGAGUCUACCUCUUGUAAGAAAAAGAAAAGAUUUUUAUUCAUUGAUUUAAGUGAAUGGGUUUCAUGACUAUCUGAUAGGUUUGUAAAAUUAACUGAGAACCUUAAUGUUUCUUUUCUAAGCUAUGUAUUCCAUGGUCAUACACCCAUUCAUUGCUGGAAAGUAUGAAGUUGGCCAUUCAAGUUUGUUUAUAUGUUUGAUGGAAUUGUUGUACAUAAUGUAUCUUGAAAUGUGCAUUGAGCUGCAGUACAUAUUUGGAAAAGGAAGCAAAAGUUUCUCCCUUUCCAGAAUGAAUGUGCCUGAUUGUAUAUUAUGCACUUAAUGAUAAAUGUUUGGACUUGACUAUUCAUUCAUUUAAUGUGAGAAGUUGAUAGAAAUGCAGUAGGUUGUAUUCUAUUUUUAACAUGAGAUGUCAUGAUAUGAAUCCAAUUGAUUCUGUGUAGAUGAAACUGUAGAUUCGUUUUGAGGUAAUAUUUUAAAGUAAGUGUCCAAAUCAAAUCCUGUUCAACAAUGAGAAUUUUACAGUAUGAGCCAGACAGGUUUGGGUUUGAUUUUUAUCAAAAUGUUGUGUUCUUUACUAGCAUUUGUUUAACAAUGGCUUAGAUUUGUUUUCUGUGAAAGAUUAAUUAUAGUUAAGCUACGUGUUUGAUACGAGAAUGAAACUAGACGCCUAGGUCUUUCUCUCCCUCUCUGAUUCUAUUAUAAAAUAUAAUUUUGAUUUUUUAAAUAAUAUUAAUAUGAUAAUAAUAAAAUCGUAAAUAUACUA